AUGGAGACACAGACACAAACGAUACCUUUGGUUAUGAAUUUGGACAGUAUCAAGAAUGAUCUUCAAAGUUUUAGUUCUCAUGAAUUAGCUAUGGUUCGGAGAAAUGGAAAUCAAGUAGCGUUUACUUUAGCUAAAUAUGCGAGAUUUAUUGUAUCUGUUUCUGCGUUUUGGAUUCCUCCUAGGGCUGGUCUUGUUGAGGUUAAUUUCUGUAGUGUUGUGUUUGCGGAAGGCCAGAAUUUUGGUGUUGGAGUUGUUAUCAGAGAUAGCAAUGGUAUUUUUGUGGCUGGUAUGGCCAAGAAAAUUGUUUCCAGAGGGCUGGACGCAGAAAUCACUGCUAUGAAGGAAGCUAUGCUUUUUGCUCUUCAUCAAGGAGUGCAAUAUGUUAUUCUGGAAGGGGAUUCAAUCAAGCUUUGA